GAAUCGAAAAGGAUCGGUUAUUUUCGGAUAUACUCGGCCAGUGACGGAAAGUAUCGGUGGCGCGCGCGAGUCACUCGGAUGGCCGGGGGCCGCCAUUUUCCUCCAGCGAGGGAGACAGUCGCGAACGUAGUUCCGCGCAUUGUCGACCAAUUUUUUCAUCGAAUCGAGGGAUUUUUGCGAACAACUGGGGCGUCGGACGGGCGCGCGUGACCCCAGACCCCAUAUCCGAGUGAAUAUCGUUCCACGGGAGACUUGAAGUCACCCGUGGACACCGUGAGAGUCGUGUGAAUCGAAAUACAGAAUCAAGGCGCCGCGCGUAUACCCCCGAUCAAGAUACAACGUAAGAACGCCGUGUGAGAGAGUGAUUAGUUUGGUGAUCGCAGUGUAGCCGGUGAAAAUACACGAGUACCUAGAAGUACCGUGGACCGAGGAAUACAGGGAGAAUCGCCUCCGACAGGAGACGGUAUUCAACAAGUCGUGAUGCAUUGGAGGUUCGGCGGUCCUUAUCCAAAAACCGACCAGAAAUCAGUGUUACAAAAGCAAUUUGUGUGACAAAGCAUAAAAGUGCAAAAUUAUAUUUUAAGACAUAUUCAGAAGCUUUCUUAUCAGUGGACUAUAUAUCCUUGGAAGAAAGUAGACAUUCUUAGUGACACUGAAAGUACAAGUGAAAAAUAUAAAAAUUGGGGGGGCUGUUUGACCGAUGGACAAACGGAAGAUGAUGCCCAAACGCCCUCGAAUGGAUAACCUGAGGGGUCCUAUUGCAAAUGGACCCAUUCAGACACGACCACUAGUAGCUUUGUUAGAUGGUCGAGAUUGCUCUAUAGAAAUGCCUAUUCUUAAAGAUGUUGCAACAGUAGCCUUCUGUGAUGCACAAUCUACAUCAGAAAUUCAUGAAAAGGUAUUAAAUGAAGCAGUAGGUGCAUUAAUGUGGCACACUAUAAUUUUGACAAAGGAAGAUCUCGAAAAAUUUAAAACAUUACGGAUUAUUGUGAGAAUUGGAUCUGGAGUAGAUAAUAUAGAUGUCAAAGCAGCAGGUGAACUCGGCAUCGCUGUGUGCAAUGUGCCUGGAUAUGGUGUUGAAGAAGUAGCUGAUACUACUCUUUGUCUCAUUCUAAAUUUAUAUCGACGUACAUAUUGGUUGGCAAACAUGGUGCGUGAAGGGAAAAAAUUCACAGGUCCAGAACAGGUUAGAGAAGCUGCAACAGGAUGUGCAAGGAUACGGGGUGACACACUUGGAAUAGUUGGAUUAGGUAGGAUUGGUUCUGCAGUUGCUCUGCGUGCCAAAGCCUUUGGUUUCACCGUGAUCUUCUAUGAUCCUUAUUUACCAGAUGGAAUUGAGAAAUCUCUUGGUCUUAACAGGGUUUACACAUUACAGGAUUUGCUAUUCCAGUCAGAUUGUGUAUCUUUGCAUUGUACCUUGAACGAGCACAAUCAUCACUUAAUUAAUGAAUUCACUAUCAAACAGAUGAGACCUGGCGCCUUUUUAGUUAAUACAGCAAGAGGUGGUCUGGUUGAUGAUGAUGCCUUAGCCGCAGCAUUAAAACAAGGCAGAAUUCGUGCAGCAGCACUAGAUGUACAUGAAAAUGAGCCAUACAAUGUUUUUCAGGGUCAGUGCUCACAGUGUCCAUUAAAAGACGCACCCAAUCUAUUGUGUACACCACACGCAGCAUUUUACAGCGACGCAAGCUGCACGGAACUUCGUGAGAUGGCAGCCAGUGAAAUACGAAGAGCUAUCGUUGGUCGCAUACCUGACUGCUUACGAAACUGUGUGAACAAGGAAUACUUCCUUUCUUCGACCGGAAACAGAUUUUCAAGCAGAUGUUAACUCGUAUUACAUGGAAAGAGAAUCGAGUGUGUAAAGUAACGUGGUUAGAAGCGUUCGAACCUUUGGAUUUCCUAAGAUCGAUUGGGCACUUUGUAAAAGGCAUUUAUCGAAGUGGCCAAUUUCUUUUCGCUUUCUCCAGCAGCUACCCUGAGGGAAUCAACGGCGGAUACUAUUCCGGGGGGCUGCCCGUUCAACAGGCGCAUUCAACGA